UCGACGGCCAAAGCUUCAGAUUUCUAAAGCGGGUAGAAAAUGUGACAAAUUGUUACGGUAUUUAACGAGCGUUUUUACACUUUUAUAAUGCCGCUUUGAAAUUUUGGGCACGGUCGUCAGUUACCAGAGAUCUUCAGUAAAAUUUGAAGUCAUAAUUAAGGGAGUGAAAGUGUUGGUUUCGUCCAGGAAUGUCUUCGAAAUCUUCCCGGCACCGUCACCGGAGUCGAGACAGCAGCGAGAGCGACGGUGAAGCCGAUGGGAGAAAACGCCAUCAUCAUCGGCAUCACCAUGUGCACCGUGACCGCCAUCGGUCGCGAUCUCGGAGUCGCGAGCGGAGUCCAAAACAUCGAACAGAAAAACCGGAAAGGCACAGCCAUAGCAGAGACCAAGAUGAUAAACAUAGCCAUUCCAGAGACAGGGAUCACAAAUCAAUUAAACACAGAGACCAAGAUCAUGAAGAUAACAGACGGCACGACAGACAUCACGAUGAAAGGCGUGAAAAGGAGACAAGGGAAAACCAUGGCAGGAAAGAGAACAGAAAUCGUGACAGGGAUACGGAGAGAGAGGCGGAGGGCAGGAACGGGGAGAAACACCAAGCCAGUGCACUGAGGGGAAAAUGGGACAGUGACCCAGGGGCAGAAUCGGACAGCCCCAGAGAAAGAUCCCGAGGGCCGAGGAGCAGGGAGAACAGUCAACCGCAGGGAGCACCGGGACAGAUCCGAAUAAAACAGGAGCGGGAGUGGAACGACAACCGCAGGACUCAAGAUGCCAUACGGAAACCUCCCAAUCCGUUUGAGACAACUUCCGAAGGGGCUGGCCCAUCGGAAGAAGAAGCCCCACCAAAGGAAAAGGAAAAACCCAAUUUUGGCACGUCAGGCAAACUCACAGAGGACACGAACACGUAUCGGGGAAUCGUCAUCAAGUACAACGAACCCCCAGAAGCUCGGAAACCCAAACGCAAGUGGCGAUUCUACGUCUUCAAGGGAGACGAAGAACUUCCAAUAGUUCAUAUACACAGGCAGAGUGCCUAUCUUCUAGGCAGGGAGCGACUCAUUGCAGAUUUGCCCAUCGAUCAUCCGUCGUGUUCCAAGCAGCACGCAGUUCUCCAGUAUCGGCUCGUCAAGUACGAACGGGCCGAUGGCACAACGGGAAAACGGGUCCGGCCAUACAUCAUAGACCUGGAGUCAUCCAACGGAACGUACAUAAACAACAACAGGAUUGAGCCCAAGCGAUAUUACGAACUUCAGGAAAAGGACGUGGUCAAGUUUGGGUACAGCACGAGAGAGUACGUGCUGUUGCACGAUAAGUCCAAAGAUGAUAACCCUGAUGAAGAUUUGGGAGAGGAUUGAAUGAAGAAACUGACAAAAUGUCACUGUAUAUAUGUAACUUGUAAUUUUGUUUUCACUUUGAGUGUUAGUCACUCUCAAAACUUUGGACUUUUUGAGCUGUAAUAAUAUCAAUUAUGCAGUUUCAAAUUCUAUAAACUUCAAAUGCACUGUACAAAAUUUGAGCACAUCCAUUUUUGUUUAGACAAAUACAUGUACUGUGUAAGGUUCAACAGUCACAAAAUAUGUAAUAUACGACCAUAAUUUCAUCCACUGAAUUAAUGUGUAAUUAAAUUUAUGGCAUUUUUGUGGCUUAAGUUAAAUUUGUGUCUAUUUGUUGCUUGUCACAUUUUGAGGGUGAAAAGUAGUAGUACUUGAGAAAAUUUUGUAACCUGUAUAUAAAUCUGAUCUCGCAAAUAACUUGAUAUAAAUAGGUACUCAUGAAAAUUCCACAGGCACAAAGUAGUGCGAUUUUUUGAGAAGAUUUGUAAUGAUUGUAAUAUGUGCCUUUUUGAAUAUUUUGUAUGGGGUUAGGAUAUCUUGUUCUUGGACACGAUUGUUGGCUUAUAACACAUGAUUUAUGAACAUUAAAGAGAAAGAAUCCCAGUAAAAAGGUGA